GCGGGGCGUCGUGGGGACUUUACAAUGCAGUGUGACGGGAGCUCGUGCUGCUGCUGCUGGGCUAAAUAACCAGUUAACGUAAAACACUGAAUAAACCAAACUUCAUUUGCCUGGAAAAAUGUGAGCCUGAGAUUUUAUCAGCACUGAGGAUUAAAUUGUGAUUCGAGAAAACCAAAGUCUUUCUUGCAGACAUCAUGGAGCUUCUGUGGAUUGUUCUUGCUCUUUUUGAUAUCGUUUACAUGACAAGUUGUGCUCGAGGUCCUCCUCGUGUUUCAGAGAAGGUUGUGCACAGACAGACGGUGCGGCUUGGACGCACCAUGAAGCUCCAGUGUCCCGUUGAGGGUGACCCACCACCCCUCAUCAUGUGGAGCAAAGAUGGCCGCAAUAUCCACAGCGGAUGGCUGCGCUUCAGGGUCACACAUCAUGCACUGCGAAUAAAGGAGGUGGAGGCUGAAGAUGCUGGUACUUUCAACUGUAAAGCCACCAAUGGCUUUGGCAGCGUCAACAUCAACUACACCCUCAUUGUGAUUGAUGACACAAGCAAGGGGAAGGACGGUGCCAGAGCAGCAGGAGACGCAGAGUUCACCACUGAUUUGUCAGGAAAACUGGUGCGGCCCCGGUUCACCCAGCCGGCUAAGAUGAGAAAGCGUGUGAUCGCUCGACCAGUGGGCAGCUCGGUGAGGCUGAAGUGCACGGCUAGCGGAAACCCUAGACCUGAUAUUGUGUGGCUGAAGGACAGCAGGCCACUCACACCGGAGGAGGUCGGCGAGAGCCGCAAGAAGAAAUGGACGCUAAGCCUGAAAAACCUCACGCCUGAGCACAGCGGCAAAUACACUUGCCAUGUCUCGAAUCGCGCCGGAGAAAUCAACGCCACCUACAAAGUGGAAGUCAUCCAGCGCACCAACUCUAAGCCUAUCCUGACUGGAACUCAUCCUGUGAACACUACAGUAGACUACGGCGGCACCACGUCCUUCCAGUGCAAAGUCCGUAGUGAUGUUAAACCUGUUAUCCAGUGGCUCAAGAGAGUGGAACCUGGCGAUGAGAGCAAGUACAAUUCAACCAUCGAGGUUGGAGAGCACCACUUCGUAGUGCUGCCCACCGGGGAGGUGUGGUCACGGCCCGACGGCUCCUACCUCAACAAGCUGCUCAUUACCCGUGCCAAGGAAGAAGACGCCGGCAUGUACAUCUGCCUGGGCGCCAACACUAUGGGCUACAGCUUCCGCAGUGCCUUCCUCACUGUCCUGCCUGACACCAAGCCCCACUUCCCUCAUGCCCCUCCCAUCUCAUCUCCUGGGCUACCGUGGCCCGUUAUCAUUGGCAUUCCAGCUGGUGUGGUCUUCAUCCUGGGCACCAUCCUCCUGUGGUUCUGCCAGUCUAAAAAGCACUGUUCCUCAGGAGCCAUCAUCUCCGCCCCAGCUAACGGUCAUCGUCAGCCUUCGCGAGAGCGGCCACUGCCAGGAGCUGAAAAGGACUGCAUGGGCUCAGUGAGCUACGAGGAGUACCUGAGUCAGCAGCAGCCGCAGCAGCAGCAGCUCCUGCUCGGCCCCAAGGUCUACCCAAAGAUCUUCACAGACAUCCACACACACACACACUCGCACGUGGACGGGAAAGUGCACCAGCACCAGCACAUCCACUACCAAUGUUAGCCUCCCGACGUCCUGCAAUAGUGACCUCACCAGUGGCAGUUUCUCUUUGCAUUGUUUGGAUCUUGCAGAACUUUUAAGCAACUUCAACUAAAACGAAUGCUCGGGCCAAGCUGCAUCACUGAUUUUGGAGAACACAAACCGUACAAACACAUGAGCCAGACUCCUUCAGAAGAUUUUUUUUAUGGGAUAUCAAGAGAAUAAUUCCACAAGCUCACCAUGCGGCACGGCUAAGGAGUAAACAUCUCGAUGACAGAAUAUGAUAAUGGAGUAAAAAUAAAAAAGCUGCAAUUGUUUUACACAACACUAAACAGAUAAAACACAUGUUCAGGUCAGUUCUGGACAAUUGCACACGGUAAACGAAAACAAAGCAGUGAACAAAAAGUGAAUGUACUUUUUCAGCUCGGUAAACCGUCACCUCUUCUAUCAGUCAGCUUUAAUGCCUCUUUCACAGGCGCAGUUUGUGGAUAUGGCCAAAAGGAACGUUUUCCGUUAGCACCAAAUUACAGUAAGAACUAUUCGUACUGCUGCAAUCUAAACAGAAUCACACGUAGGUGUAGAAGUUUGCAGUUAUACGCUAUUUUUUUAUUCAUUCUACAUAUGCCAAAUUUGGAUUUGUGGACGCUCAUAAGCCCUUUACUUCUAACUGACUGCAUGAGAGUGUAUAUGUACAUGUUGCUCUGAUUUUGUGAGCUUUCACAGUUUUAUCAGUUAGACUUUGGUACAUGAACGUUACGUUAGCAGUCUUUAGAUAGAUAUUUAAAUGCAUAUCUCUUUUAAGUGUUAUCUUCACUUAAUGGAUAAAAAAACCCAAGUGCCUGUUUUUUUUUUGUUUUUGUUUUUUUCAGAUUUUAGUGAUCUCCGUUAUAAAGGUUCAGGUACAUGAUGAUGAUGAUGAUGAUGAUGAUGAUGAUGAUACAAAUUCCUUUUUCUCAGGUGUCCCCUUUCAACUAGUUUGCUUUUGUUCGUAUUUUUCCUCAUCUUGACCACUAUAUGAAAACUGUGUAAAAUGCCUUUGACUGCUCAAGUAAUAGCAGCCCUUUGAGUUUUUGGUUCUAGGGCUUUAAAAUCAGACUGCAAAUUCAAAUCUCUUUCCCCGCUGAGAAAGACGAUCCGAUCCCAGAUCGUCUUCCCUGCUUUUUUUUUUUUUUUCCUUUCAGUAAAUCCCCCAAAACGUGGAAGUGCAGAACACACUGCCGAGUUUCAAACCCACAUGAAUGCACUUAUUCCACAGCUUCAUUAGUUCAUUAGCGAGAGUUUAGGAUGAUGUUAUAUGUUAGGAAUCGUUCAAAAAAUGCAAACCCUGUCGAAAAGUGAACAGGUGUAGUUAAUUUAUUUGCUAGCAUUAUAUUUGUGACCUUAAAUUGGGCAUUUCGUUCGAACCAAAUAAAACAAGAUAGUUUAUGGUUUUAUUUUUUAUUUUUUUAUAGCUCCAGUGUAAGCUAUGUAGCAUAUUAUAAAGUGUAAAAUAUUUAUAUGUGCAGUUUAAAAAAAAGUUAGUAAUUAGUUAGCAUUGUAUGGACAAUCUUGUACAGUCAGGCCUCUUUUUAUGUGGUAAAAAUGUUAUGUUUGUCACAUUGAAACAUUUUAAAUCAUUUUAUCAUUGCAAAUAAAAUGAUAAAUCUUUA